AUGGCCUAUAAGGAGGGAAGCUGGUAUUUAGAAGAACAAUACCAUAAAGCCGCAAUAGAGCUGAUAAAGAGGUGCUACGAACCAGCAGUAGAUGAGCAAGCAUUCUGGUUCUGCAUACAAAAUGCAGAUGACUGGUAUUUGCACUUGAAUGGGGAGCUAUCAGAUAUUGCAUGGAACUUCAUGCUAGACUUUCAAGAAAAUACCCCAGCUUGGCUGAGAGAAAAAAACCAGAGCGAAAUUUAUGAAGACGAUAUGGCAGCUUUCAAAAGAAGAAACAGAAUCCCAUUAAAUUGGGACUUAAACCACGCAUUAAGAGAAAAAGUGAGAAUGAUGAUAGAAAUCGGGAAUAUACCAGAUCAAGACACCAAAGAAGACUAA